UUUGAAACUGCAUCAUGGGAUUUGAGUGUAUCACCUCGCGACUCGCGAAAACUGGCUGUUGCUUCAUUGUCUAGCCGCCAUGGGGUAGUCGACAACACACUUCGUCACAAUCGAUCAAGCGCCAUGGCAGGCAGGUUCCCGUCUCCCGUUCCGCCGUACCCACCGCUGGUGAUGGCGGACAGUGAGCGCGACAGACUUGAGUUUCUUGCGCACCGCCUCAUCCACAAGGCACUCGAAGACUACGACACCCAUCGCCAAAAUGGCUCCAAAGUGGAUGCCCAGAGCUGGAAACUCGUUCGCAAAAGCGACCAACUCACGAUGUACAAGCGAGCAGAGCCCAGUGCUCUCUAUCAACCUCCAGAGGCGCGUCAACCGGCAACAGCAAUUCGAUCACGGGCGGAGAGUAUUAGUAUUGUUGAAAACUCAAUCACACAAGGUCGUCCUCGUCAGAAAAUGCCGAUAUUGCUACAAGUAGGGGCGAUUCAAGGCACACUCAAUGAAGUUAUGUAUGGAACUGUCGCGGUGGACGGACAGGGGAUGAUGCUCAAGACGGCGUACACGGACGACACGCUGCUCGACGGAGAAACACUGUGCCAAUUACGUGGACCUUCAGCUACCCACCCCUUCCGGUUCUUAGGCGUGAAAUGGGUCAUUAAAGGUACCCCGCACGCCCCUUUGGUUCGACCACGCGACUCGGUUUUCCUUGAAGCCACAGGAAUUUUAACGCGUGAGGACAAGGACGAACGUGUAGGAUACCACCUUAUGCACUCAGUUAGCAUCCCCGGGUACGGUCCCCUAGAAGACCGGAAGAUUGUUCGUGGACAGAUUUCGUCGUGUAUCUUGUACACCGAGUCCCCGGAUUCUCCUGGUGUGGAUGUCUUCAUGAAGGCUCGCUUUGAUCCCAAUGGCAAUGUAUCCGAGAGCGUUGCCACGCAGUCGGCAGCUCUCGCUCUCAUGUACGGCGCCAAAAUCAGCGUCUGCGCUCAGAACAAGAAACUUUCCUGGUUACUACGCUCUAGUCCCGACUCCCCCGUCCAUCGACCUUCAAGAUCAAUGAGUAUGACUCGACAGCGUAGCUGCCCGAUAUGUGCCAAAAGUUUCAGCAUGUUCAGUGGCAGUGUCGAGUGCGAAAUGUGCUCAACGGUUAUUUGCUCUGGCUGUUCAGCAAAAAAGAAGCUGGGCUUUGCCCGACCUGGCAGCAAACGGGUGGUUCUGCGCCCCGUCGCCUUUUGUACGAGCUGCCUUACACAUGCUCGUCGUUUGAAUGUCUUUGACGCAGCUCGACAAGAAGUGUUGGCAGGCUUUGGUGUGGAUGAAAUAAACGCGUCAAUAUGUACCACCUCCGUAUCUAAAGAACCAAGACCGGAUUCGCUUGGAAACGUACACAAUUGCCGUCGACGAGACUUGCAAGCAACGAAAAAGGCGCCGGUUAUAUCGAAAAGUCUACCUCCAGAUAUCACAAGACACCGGAGUGAAAGUGUCUUGACAAAACAAGAUGAAAAGCCCCGGCGCCAGCGCGUUAAUACGUGGGGAAAUGGCGACGUGGAGUCUCCAACAACGACAAACCGCUGGGUUCGUCUUGAGCGUGAGAUGGCGGCAUCAACGCAGAUUGAAGACCUUGACGACUCGGACGAGUUUGGCGAAAUCACAAUUCACGAGAGCUCACUAAUUAAGGUAGUUGACCCGCGUGACCAGCGUAGUUGCUCGUAUCCGACUCCCAAUCCGGCCGCUCCAAGUCGCGAGUCGGCUCAACAGGAUUUUAUGGCUCGAAUUAUUGCCAUGCGCAACGCAGCAGAGGAUGCGUACCAAACCACACGCAAGACCGCCCAGGCUCAGUUCGAACAGCUCUCAAAGAAUCACAACCGUUUCGGUCACGACCAGGGAACUUUCGCUAUCCGGUAAUGGAUCGACAGUCGUGCUGACAGGCAUAUCCGUUAAACAGUUGCUUGUACUAUCGUAAGGCCGCCCUCAUUUAACUGCGCCCUUCGAAGGGCUUUCGUAGAAGCCUCAAGUAGUCAGAAUACUUAAACGAAACGGAGAUUGAGGAAACGCUGCAUCUCUUGACUAUGAACGAGACAAUAAAU